CGAUCCGACAGUUCCGGCCCCGUGAUCUCGGUCCCCACCGGCCGGGCAGCCGCUGCGCACUCAUGGGGCCCCGGGGGGGCGGCGGCGAACAGCGGAGCGGCUCCCCGGAUCGGGGUGCAGGCUUCCAGACAGGUCUGUUCUCAAAUAUCUGGUUAUGGCGAGGUGUCGCUGGAGUCCUUACUGCUGUUGUCAUUUUGAUUUUGUGUAUUCAGUUUGUAAACCAUUCUUCAGCCAAAGAUUUUCCUGUCUGUCCUUUUCUGGAACUCUGCCCGUCAGGAUGGCUGUAUUUCCAGGGGAAGUGCUACUACCUCUCAGAGAGUGAAGCUAACUGGAACUCCAGUCAGAGCCUCUGCUCUUUGCACAAUGCUUCCCUCCUGAUAAUUGAAAAUCAGCAGGAAUUGAGUUUUAUGGUGAAGAUAGCAAAGCAAGACCCAUGGAUUGGACUCUAUAAAAGAAAUGAAGAGUUCUUUUGGGUAAAUGGAAAAGCAUUAGACAAUGAACUGAUUGAAGUAAAAGACUUUGGAGACUGUGCUUAUCUUGAGUCAGAAGGAGUCUCAGCCUCGGGAUGUUAUUUAACUAGGAAGUGGGUCUGUAGCUUGAACAUUAGCUUAGCACGGUAAAGGUGGACAAAGCCUCCACCCCUGACACUUCAGUGUACUGAUGUGAUGACUACACAGGCCUUGUCUAUACUCUAGAACCUGGGAAUGAGUCUCAUCUCUAGCCUGGAGGUGAAUGACUUUUCUGGUAUCCAGAAUUCUCUACCAAUGGAGGAAACCUCUGUUUCUUAAAGUUACUAUGUAAAAGGCUUGCUUCAGCAUCUGGAUAAGUAAUUUUCUUUCCCCAUUUAUAGCUAAUGCUCAGCCUGUAGUUUCUUUUUGUCAUGUCAUCAGUAUUUAUUCCGUUAACUCUUCUCUUGUAAGAUCCUAAGCAGCUACUCUUUCUUUUCCUUUUGAGUGUGCAGUUGGAGGUAAUUGUUUCUGCUUUUCCUUUAGCCAAGCUCUCUGUGCAGGGAUGGGUUAUGAAGUGGGGCUGCCUGAAGGUCUGACAAUACCUCAUGGAUACAGGGUGAUGCAAAAAUGAGCACUGCUGUUUUAGACAGGAUGGUUGCAGAUUUUGCUCUCCCGGUUUGAUGGGAUGCAUCCUGUGUGACUCAGAAUUGUAUUCAGCAUUUUGUUAAUGUUAGUUUACAUUAAUCUUGUUAAAUUGACAGUAUUAUCAUUGGGAUUUACGUAGCUGCACAGUACCCGAAAUUCUUCUCACAUCACUUAGCAAAAAAGCAGCUAGAAUAGAUCUUACCUGAGCAUCUGCACUGGUGAGGAAAAAGAACUGAACUGAAAAAAAAAUAGUGAAGCUGCAGGCAGUAAUGUUGAAAAAAUUGAUUUUCUUGUGAUCUGGGCGCUAUAGAGAGGACUGUGGACUCUACAGGACUUCUGGAAGGAGCAAGUGGAGACAUUUUUGAAGUAGACACUAGAGUGCACUGUAGCUUCAGGGAAUCACAGAAUCUUAAGGGUUGGAAGGGACCUCGAAAGAUCAUCUAGUCCAACCCCUCUGCCAGAGCAGAGUCUUAUUUACUUAUAUAUGUUAAUAUAAUUGUGUCUCCUCGUUUCUUAAGAAUGUAAAAUUUCACCGUGUUUGGCAAGUUAUUUGGAGAGUUGUGUGUUUGUUGAGGUUUUUGUCCGGAUUCUAAUUAUUUUUGCCCUCCCUGUGUUUUUAUGCAAAUUUAAGUGGUGUCUAGUUUUGGUCAGCACCUUGUUUUCUUCAUUAUUUUCUGUGGCAAUAGGACUUUACUGUAACCAGACCAUGCACUAUGGAUACUGUUAACAACUUGAGACUUUGAGCUGUUUAUUUAUGUAUGAUCAAUAAUUGUUCCAAACUACACUCUUUUUUUAAUUGCUUGUAUUCUUUAUAGGCACAGUAAUAGGACUCUAUAGUAAGGAUAACCUGAUAAUCUAGGUGUUAAUUUAUGUGUAACUAGUUGAUGGAGGAGAGGUGUUUGGCAAGGUUUUGAAGGAUAUGAUAUGUGCAAUAUAUAUUGAAAAUAUUAAAAAAUAAUAAAUAUAGAGCCUAUGAAUUACA